AUGGGAUGAUGACAAUCGAGGCCUCCUAACGAGAGUGCCGUCAGAAUGCAUAAUGAAUCAAAUGUGAUAAAGGCCAGCCCAGAGAACACAAAGAUGGCAAUAGACGCCCAAAAAACAAGAGGGAGCAAAGUUGAAUCUCAGAAAAACGAAAGUGUGGGAAUCCACGACGAAAGAUCAAAAACUAAAGGAAAAGGCAUAAAGAAAGCAGUCCCAGAACCACAAAAAAUAGAGAAAGCUACUGAGAAUAUAGAGGACUCCCAAAAAGAAAAUCAGAGUGUGGUACCAGCUAGCGUAAGAAGAGAAGAAGAGAAAAGACAACAACUUCGAAACCAGAACUCCAAGCCAACAGAGGAAAAUAAAAUCCCAAAGCCAGAGACGAGUAAACAUCGAACCAAGGCUGAGCCUCCACAGCCACAAAAGAGCGAUCAUAGCUUAGAUAAGCAGAUUGAGAAGCGAAGUGAGUCUGAUCGUAAGCCAGUAAUGGCUUCUGAAGGAUCGAUCCCCCAGCCUGAUAUUCCAAAAGAAAAUGUUCAUAAAAAUAAACCAUCUUCCAAAAAGUCAAUACCAAAAGACGAGGUGAGGUCAGAAUCUAAGCUAGCUGAGAGCACAAAGAAAUCUGUCGAGGUUAAAUCUCCACUGGCUCAAAUCACAAAGCCACAAAUCUCUAAAGUUGGCGAAGAAGUUAAAGCUCCUUCUGAAAAACACUCAAGAAAUGCACCUCAAAAUCAGCAAGUCACUCAGAGCGAUAGAAGUAUUGAUAAGUCAUGCACUAGUAAGAUUGCGAAUGAAUAUGUUGGAGAUGUGUUCGGAAAUAUAAUAAAUGACUAUUCUGUGCAUAUGAAAGAUCAGAACCAGAGUAUUGACCAAUCCUCUAGCAUAGCUUAUCCACAAGAUUCACACGACCAAUCAAUAGAGAAGAGGGUGUCGUUGAAUAGCUCGAUAGACCCAGCCAAGGUGUCCCCAAAAAAUGCUGAAAUUUCAGAAGGUCCAGUCUCAGCUGUUGACAAGAGUUCUUCCACUAUCAGGAAUAUUGCCAACGACUAUGUUUCAGAUAUGGUAGAUAAACUUUUAUAA